CACAGCUCUUGAAAACUAUCAUAAAGCAACUUAAAGCUCAAAUCGAAAUUUGAAUAUUUCUCUUUAUCAUUCUUGUUAAGCGUUAAACCGAUUCAAGAUUAACUAUGGCAGAAGAGUACAAGAACAACGUUCCAGAGGAAUCAUCAACCACGGCGCCAGAGGUUAAGGAACGGGGAAUGUUCGAUUUCUUGAAGAAAAAGGAGGAAGUUAAACCUCAAGAAACGACGACUCUCGCGUCUGAGUUCGAGCACAAGACUCAGAUCUCUGAACCAAAGCCGUCUGUGGCCAAGCACGAAGACGAGGAACUGAAGGAACAUAAGCCUACUCUCCUUGAGAAGCUUCACCAGAAACACGAGGAAGAAGAAGAGAACAAGCCAAGUCUCCUCGACAAACUCCACCGUUCCAACAGCUCUUCUUCUUCUUCAAGUGAUGAAGAAGGUGAAGACGGUGAGAAGAGAAAGAAGAAGAAGGAGAAGAAAAAGAUCGUUGAAGGAGAUGUGAAAACAGAGGAAGAGGAGAACCAAGGAGUAAUGGACAAAAUCAAGGAGAAGUUUCCAUACGGCGAGAAACCAGAGGGUCAUCAUGAGGUACCAGUUGUCACCACUAUGCCAGCACCACAUUCGGUAGACGAUAAAAAACCAGAGGAAGAAGAGAAGAAAGGAUUCAUGGAUAAGAUCAAGGAGAAGCUUCCAGGCCACAGCAAGAAACCAGAGGAGUCACAGGUCGUCAACACCGCACCGCUGGUUGAAACAGCAACACCGAUCGCGGAGCAUCCGGAGGAGAAGAAGGGGUUUAUGGAUAAGAUCAAAGAGAAGCUUCCAGGUUAUCAUGCCAAGACUAGUGGAGAGGAAGAGAAGAAAGAUAAAGAGUCUCUUUAAGAGAAAAAGAUGAAAGAAUGAAUAAUAAUGAUGUGGGAGUGUGACAUUUGUUGUGUGUUUUUUUUUUGUUGAUCAUUAUCUUUUUUCUUUUGUAUUUCAAGCUGUUCUCCAAGUUUGUGUUUAGUGAUAGAUCAUUUGUAUUUGUUAUAUAAAGCUGUUUUAUCUAUGGGGAACAAUUGUUUACUCAAUGAAGCUUAAAUGGAUGA